UAGAUUAACCGGAAAUAGGUUUAUUGUGAUUUUGUAGUUGACAGUUUUUUUCAUUUUACAGCCAACAUGGACGUAAUACUCAAUGACAUAGUUGACGCAAAUGAUCUCAGGAAAUUCCGUCAUCAGUAUGAAGAACAGUGUGGUAGAGGUGUUCCAAGUGAAAAGGCUCAGUUUGAGUACUCCAUCUGUCUGGUGAGAAGUCGUGGAGAACAAGAAAUUAAACAUGGUAUUGCUCUCCUAGAAGACCUGUUCAAAAGGACUCAUGAUCCAGGCACAAGAAGGGAUUGUCUAUACUAUCUUACCUUGGCAAACACAAGAAUAAAGAAUUAUGAGCAGGCGUUGACAUUUUCAGACGCUUUUCUCAAGAUUGAACCAAUGAAUCGCCAAGUGAAAGAUUUGCAACACUAUGCCAAAAUCCAGUUAAGAAAAGAGGGGUUGACAGGAAUGGCAAUAGUGGGCGGGGCAGCACUCGCCCUGGGGGGCUUGAUUGGACUUGGGGUCCAUCUGGCGAGGAAAUAGACCAGUAGUGGACUGUUAAACGUGGACAAGAAUUAAGUGGAACAAGACGCAACUGAUUCAGAGAUUAUUAUUUAAGCCAUUGUGUCAUUUAACUUCUGACAAUUAUUAUGCCCCCCUUCGAAGAAGAGGGGGUAUAUUGCUUUGCCCAACGUCGGUCGGUCUGUUGGUCGGUCGGUCGGUCUGUCGGUCCGUCCACCAGGUGGUUGUCAGACGAUAACUCAAGAACGCUUGGGCCUAGGAUCAUGAAACUUCAUAGGUACAUUUAUUAUGACUCGCAGAUGACCCCUAUUGAUUUUGAGGUCACUAGGUCAAAGGUCAAGGUCACGGUGACUAGAAAUAGUAAAAUGGUUUUUGAAUGAUAACUCAAGAACGCAUAGGCCUAGGAUCAUGAAACUUCAUGGGUAGAUUGAUCAUAACUUGCAGAUGACCCCUAUUGAUUUUGAGGUCACUAGGUCAAAGGUCAAGGUCACGGUGACCCGGAAUAGUAAAAUGGUUUCCGGAUGAUAACUCAAGAACGCAUACGCCUAGGAUCAUGAAACUUCAUGGGUAGAUUGAUCAUGACUCGCAGAUGACCCCUAUUGAUUUUGAGGUCACUAGGUCAAAGGUCAAGGUCACGGUGACCCUAAAUAGUAAAAUGGUUUUCGGAUGAUAACUCAAGAACGCAUACGCCUAGGAUCAUGAAACUUCAUAGGUAGAUUGAUCAUGACUUGCAGAUGACCCCUAUUGAUUUUGAGGUCACAAGGUCAAAGGUCAAGGUCACGGUGACCCGAAAUAGUAAAAUGAUUUUCGGAUGAUAACUCAAGAACGCUUUUGCCUAGGAUCAUGACACUUCAUAGGUACAUUGAUCGUGACCCGCAGAUGACCCCUAUUGAUUUUCAGGUCACUAGUUUUACAACUUUGUUUAAAACAACAACAAAAUAUGCUGUAAAAGUUUAGCCUUUGAAGGUUAAAGCACACUAGGUGUACUAAGUUUAGAAAUGCAUUUGUUUUUAGAAUUAAUGUCUAUUGGUUUUUAAACUAUCAAAAACAAUGUUAACUACCUAUUGUUCAUUUGAUCCGUUUAAGCUUGUGUAAAAUGUGGUAUAAAGUGUUUGGACAAAAUUCAUACCUGUAUGCAAAGUUAUAUGUUAAAUUCGAACCUGUUACAUACUGAAUAUAUUUGGCAUUAAGAGAUAUAUGGUAACAAAACCUAUAAGUGUAUAUUUGUUUUCAUGUACUUGUUUUUGUUUUUCAUGUGUAAUUCUUUGAUUUUUCAUUAGAUUUUUUAACACCUCAUCAACCAAAUUUUAAAUGUUUUCAUGGACAACAUGGAAAUCUGACCCAUAUAAGGUAAUACAAUUAAAACAUUUUUAUUGCACUCAGAUUUCUUCGAGCAUCUCCUAUAGUAUAUGGCAAUACCACAUCAUUAUUUUUGCAUUAAAAAAACAUAAUUUCAUAGCUUAAAGUUUAAUUACAUCUGGUUAUUGAAAUUUCACCCCAUAAAUUUGUGGGAAUCACUUGAACAUUAAUCUUUUAAACAGAAAUUAUUCUUCUUAUCCCGACCGGCUAGCUCAUUUGGUAGAGCGCAGCACUACAAAGCUUAAGAUCACAGGGUUAAUCCCCGUCCUGGCCACAUUACUUAUUUUUUGUGGAACAAUAUAUUUAACACAUGUUCAUGUACCAAGUUAGUGUUUGUGUGUCGUAUGAAUAGAUAUCGUUGGGGGAAAUUAAAAUGGAAUAAAAAGAUCCACACAUCAAUAAAAACAAGCAUUUUGUAUCCCUUUAAAUCUAUGUUACCAUGCCACAUCUGGCGUUGCAGUUUUGGCUAUUGCUAUAAGGAACAUAGAUUUGUAAUGUGUUAACUUAUUUAUUUUUUAAAUAUUAUACAAAAUAUUUGUUGAUUUUGAGUUUUUAUGUUACUUUAAUAAGUGAAAUAAAUCGAAAAUGUUCUCAUAAGUAAAUAGUGAUUUGUAUAUUACCUUAAUUUUGCAUUUAAUGAUAUUUGUGUUUUCAUCUACAAUGUGGGAUUUUUAACUUUAAAAGAUUAUUUAUUAUAUGUUGAUGUUGUUGUUAUAUAUGCAUGUGUGUUAUUGUAUUAUUCAUUUAUAAAUAUGUAUAUAGGUGUAAAAAAGAUAGGACAUAUAAUUCAAAGAGUUCUGUACAUUAUAAUAAUUAAUGUAUGUAUGUGUAAAAAAUUAAAGAAAUAUAAGUUUGAAGUGAUUUAUGCA